AUGGCCAGAUACCGGGAGGAGGAAAUGUUGAAGUAUCACUUCCUGUCCUGGUGCAAGGUUGAUGAAGCAAACUACAAUUCCCGUCAUGCAAUGGGCAUCGUAGCAGUGAAUGGGCUGUCAGGUGGAGCUCUUACAGUGAACCUAGCUGCUGAUAGCCUGCCAGUUGUUUCCAGCAGGAGUGGAUGGUUUGGCAACUUUUCAAGUCUUGGAAACGUACAGACUUCAUCGUCCUCUCUGACCAACGUUGGCGUUAUGCCGCUAGGAGACAGGAAGGCCAGUCCGGUCCCUCCUUCCACGGUUAGAAAUUCCGGCUCUCCGCAUUUAACUGGGAUCUCCCAAUCUCUUGCACCAGCUGGGGGCAGAAGCUUGAACACAAAGGAAGAGUUUACUGGCAAAGCCACUCUAAACCCUAUGCCUUCGGCCUUAGCAGUUGACCCCCCAAAAAGGCCCCCUGCUUCUUCUGAAAGCAAUUUCUUGAGUUUGCUCAACACAAAGGAAUCUUCUGGAGUUCCCUUCAGUUCCACAGCGUCUUUUCGGAACACCAUGGAAGCUGUUAAAAGUCCAGCUCUAGGAGGGGACAGCUUUCCAGCAAGUGUCUCUGAUCACAAGCAGAGGAGCCUCUCGGAGAUUGAAGAAGAGGAGAGAUUUCUGUACGGGGACGAGGACGACAAGACCCCCGAGCCCAGCAAAGAGCCACCCAAGCCAACUCCUCCACCGGUAAACGUUCCUAAGAAUAAUCCUGAUGAGAAGGAGUACGCCAAGAUCCAUGAUCUGCUAAAGACUAUCGGAUUAGAUAUUGGUGUGGCAGAGAUCAGUAAGCUCGCCGUGAGGACUCAGGAGCGUCUUCAUGGAAAGAAAUUAAUACCGAAGAUAUCGGCAUCCUCAACUGUGGGGCCCCAGAAAUCCACCGCCAGUUCUGCCGAAUCCAAAUCUGAACUGACCGUGAAAGCUGAACAGAAGCCGAACGUCCUUUCUGGAGUAGCAGUAAAAACUGAGGCACCUGCAAAGCUCCUCGCCAAGGAAAAGCCUUCACCAGUUGCCCAGCAGUCGGGACCUUCUUUCAAAGAGGAGACACCACCUGUAACAAAGACAAGGACUGCCAACGAGCAGAGCCAGCCCACAUCCAGAGCAGAGACGACAGAGCAGACGAUUAGCCCCAUACAGACAUCCAGUGUUAGCUCAGUCCAGGUGAUCAGCACCGUUCAGGGGAUUGGCACGGUUCAGACACCCACAGUUGCUACUGUUCAGGAGCUGACCCCUCCUCCUAUGAGCCCCUCUCAGGUUCCUCUUUAUUCUCCAUACACCACCUCCACAAUGGUGCCCAACUAUGCAGUCCCACCUCCCACGUAUAACCCAUAUGGGCCUUACGUGACAUACCCAACAUCCAGCUGGACAUUGUAUCCCCCUCCAGUUCACCAGCCGCCUCCCACUCAUAUGCCAACUGCAAUAUCCCCCUCUCAUUUAGCCCACCCUUGUACACACAAAUCCCGCAGUAACCUACGCGUCAUUGAAACAAGUGAAGAUUUCACCGAGGUCAAUGCAGCAAAUGACCUCAAAACAUCGGCAAAGAAUGAAGCGAAAACCCCCUCGGGGCUGCUGGCGAAACAUGAAGCUGAACGAAGAAAUAAAGAAUACGAGAAGCUUAAAGUGCUGGAUGAGUUGGAGGGACUCAAGAAGGAGGUGAAAGCCAAGACUUUAAACCUGGAGAAUCUGAGCACAAAGGUGGAGCUGCUGCGUACACAGCAUGGGAUCCUGCAGCGGAAGAAGCGUCGGGAGAAAGACGGUCAUAAGGACCCUCUGCUGGAGGAACUGAACAAUGUUCUGGAUAGUGCCCGCAAGCAGAUCAGCUCUCUGAACAAGGAAAUUGCUGAAACCAAGCAUAAGCAGCUGCUGUUGAUGAAGGUGGCAGAGAUCUUAGGCGCUAGCCCCAUGGAUUUAGCAGACAAAAAGGAAGCUUCUAAAGAAAAGGGGAAGAGCUCUGCCUCUCCUGCCUUAUCCCGGGACUCUGACAGUGAGGCAAAAUCCAGCUCAAGCGUCAAGGAGAAGAACGGCUUGAAGACCAGGCAGGACUCGAAAGAGAGAAGCGACUCGAAGAAGACCAGCAGAGACUUCUCACCCACGACAGAUAAAAAAGCCGACGUUAAAUCCAAGAGCAGCUCUAAAUCAGAUUCUGAUAGAAAGUCAGGGGAAGCUUCCCCUUCUGUCAGCUCGUCGCACUUGUCAGAGAAGGCGGAUGAUGAUGAUGAUCAUGUUAAGCGUAAACGGUCUUCGAGAUCUCCAAAGCUCAGUUCUGACAAGCGGGAUAAAUCGGAAUGCAGCUCACCUUCCUCGUCAAAGUCUGAGGAAAUCGUGAGCUCGCCAGACAUGUCCAGGUCGAAAAAUCUUCGGUCCAUCAUUUCUUUAAAGGCCGCUCCUAAGAAAGAGGACCCGCCUCUUUUAGAAGACGGGGACAUAUUUGACUAUUAUGAUUCUGGUGGGCAUUGGUGUGAGGACUGCAAUAGUGUCUGCAUGACCUUAGUUGAGUACCUCCUACACUUCCAUGAAAGAAAGCACAGUGAGUGUGUAAAGCAACCCAAGAGGCCCUGGGUAAAGAAGAAAGAUCCUGAAAUCAGUCCAAAAAAGAAGAAGUUGACUGUCCCUCUGAAAGGUGCUGAGUUUAUAGUACCAACUAAAGGCUAUUGCUGCUCACUUUGUUAUCAUUCCUUUGCGGAUCACGUGGAAGCUGAUGAACAUCUCCGAACUUAUUCUCACAAUGAAAAAUUCAAGAAAUAUACAGAUGAGAACAUCAAUUAUGAAGUGUCACGUCGUGAGAGGAAGAAGGCCAGCUUGUCUGCUGCCCAAGAGGCAGCACGCAAGCAAGCGGAACAAAAACGUAAACUGCAGAGCGAAGAGCAAAGCCGAUCGAAGAAAUCGAAGAGAGACCACGACCAGGAAAGGAGCAGUAGCAGUAGUAGUAGCCGACGCAGACCACAGAAGUCCCUCUCGCCUGUCAAACCUGAACCAAAACGGAAAUCAAAAACUCCAGAGAAAGAGCCAGUAAAAACCCCGACGUUCGGAAAGUUUACAUGGAAGUCAACAGAGAACAAAAGUCAAGCGGCUGGCACCACGCAGAAGGUUGAGGGGCCAGCAGUGAAAGAAAAAGAGGAGGAGGCCAAGGGGAAUGCUGUCAAGCCAAAGGGAAUUGAAAUUAAGCUUCUGGGUAAACCCAGCAAUUCCCAGAGUACGACUCAGACUACUACUACUAGUACUCCUCCUUUGGCAACCUCCACACUGACCACCUCCUCCAUUGCUGCCUCUUUUAUCACCACUGAGUCCAGUUCCGCGACUAGCACACGUUUUAAAGUUAGACCAAACCUACCAGUUCCUUUGGCUCUCCUAAGAAGGUCCAGUGCGACUCUAAGCAAGCCCGCCCCUCUAAACACAUUCCUGUCAAUAAAGUCUGCCGAUGCCACAUCCAGAUCUUUACCUGUAGUCAAAGGCGUCGCUCAGACUUUUCUAUCGGAAGAUAUUGUUUCUAAAGCUUUUGAAGGUGAAGAGGUGGUUCUAAAAGCAGUGGAGGAAACCAAACCAGAGCCUGUUCCGACAGUGAAUAAAGGUAAUAAGACUGAUAGGGAUCUGGAACCGAUUCCAAAGGCUGCUCCCCAAACCACUACGACCUCUCCGAAGAAUAAGAACAGUGACUUGUAUGAUAUGCUGUUUAAUAAAAAGAAAACCGCAAAUGCUCCUAAUCGGGGUGCCAAAGGGAAUGCUGGGUACGUCAGUAAACCGGCACCAUCCACAAAACCACUGAGUCCCACAACUUCCAAAAAUCCCUCACAAACUGUUUCCAGCGAUUCCAGUAAGUUAGCGCAGAGCAAAACUUCUGAGAAAGCCCAGCAAGAACAAAGCACUCCGCAUCAGAGUCCAGGACAUGCAGCAGGAUCUCGAACAUCUGAGGCUCAGAGUAAGAAUGUUUCACCCGAGCCAGCUAAAGGAGUAGCAGCCAGUUCAGCAAACAGUACACCACAUACUCAGAAAAUAAUUGGGCCCUUGCCAAAAAAGCAGAAGGGCCCUCCAGAAAAGAAGUCAGUUGAUAAACCUGAGCAAGCAGUUUCUCAAGCUGGAAAGAGUCCCUCUCUGUCAAUGAAUCCAAUGACUGGUCGGAUGGAGUAUUCGUCUUCUCAAAGUUCAAAUCCUAAGGCCGCGAACGAAAUGAAACCUCCAGAAACCAAAAAAGUUUUUAUUGCACACAUCCAGAGCGUUAAGGAGAAAAAACUAUUGCCUUCACCCGUGGUGACUGAGGUGCCACCAAAACCCUCUUAUAAUCCAACUUCCAAACUGAACCAAAAAUUUAAAAGGGAACCUUUGUCUUUUCCCAACUCUUUCUUUGGCCGCGUAUCGGACGCAGGCUGUAAGGACAUAAAAAUCACACCUUUUGCAGCUCCGAAACCCAUUACUGAUAAGCCUGUAGCUACUGAAAGCCAACCACUCCCCAGUAGUACUUCUAUAAGUAAACAAGCAAUGCAGCAAGAACUUGACUCUUACUACAAGCUGAUAGCUACUGAGGAGGACCCCGAAGAUCUAGUAGCUUCUGAAGACCAAGAUACCGAAGCAGAGGUUGCAAAUGCUCCUCCCAAGGUAGAGGUUCCAAAAAAGAAGGCCAAGCUGGAAAGCCUUCCACCUGCCAAACAGACGCCUACUAACCCCACGGUGCCUGAUAUAGCCAGCGAAGACGUUGAUGAUUCUGACAUGGCCUGUGAAGUCCCUGACGGUCCCGCGAGUAACUUUUCCACCUCGGGCCUGGGAAUGGUACAAUCCAGUUAUAGUUUUUCCUCAAACUAUGGGGCCGCAUUAAAGCAACCUUCCAGCUUUUCACGUGGAAUGGUUUUAGUGGAUAAAGAUUAUACCAAGAAAACACCUACAAGCUCCACCACAACCAGUUACUCCAUGGAAGAGUUGGAAAUAUUAACCACGUGCGACUCGGAUUAGAGUCCCUGUGUCCUGCAUUCGGAAUACAGUUAUCUGUUGUAACUGUGCUUCAUCUAAAGGAGUGACCGAUAAAGACCUCACAGCGAUUUUACAAUC